GGAAAGGAGGGAGGGAGGGAGAAAGGGAAGGGGCCGAGCGGGAAGGCGUUGAAGACGUUGGUGCCCGUGAGCAGGGAAGCGGAGCUGGACAUAUCCCCGCAGACGUUGCGGAUGCUCCCUGAUCCGACGGAUCCUGUUCAGUACAUGGACGCGGUGGAAGACCGGGGGGACGGAGGGUUCGGCCGUGGAGGGGACGGGGCGGUGGAGGAGCAGGGAAUUCCAGAGUCGGAGCCCGAUCAGGGUGUCCUCGGUAUGAGCUCGGCAUCAGCCGCGCAAGCACGCCAGAUGCCUACUCGUGGUGGGGCCACGGGGGAGAAAGAGUUCGAAGGAGACGCCCGUGACGACCCAGGAGUCCCGUGCGACACUACGGAAUCGGGCCAAGACGUGGCUACGGCCCCUGCCUUGGACUCCUCCAGCCUUUCACCGUUGUCGGAGGGGGACAGCCGGAUUGCUGCUGGAUCCAUGGCUCCGCCAGAAUCGCCCACCUUCAUCCUCCUCUUCUUUAAACGCCUGGUCCCCGCCUUUCCUGUGGGGCCUGGCAAGCUUGGGAGCUCUGCGAUCCCGGCUACAGGCGCCUCUCUUGAAUUCUCUUCUCACGCCUUGCUGCCCAUCGACACCCCCGUCCACGCCCUUUUCACGUUCAUGGCCCGCGAGAUGCUUCCGCGGGGAGGAAUGGGGAAGUCCGGUCAGACAAAUGCGGAAAGGAAUAUGUUGGCUACUGCCGAUCCUGGCAUCGCCCCCAUGGUGUCGGGGAGUUCAGCUGCGAUGCUGCGGUGCUUGGUAGAGACGCCUCCGAACAAUUGGCAGCCCGCCUCAGCUGGAUCUGAAAGAGCCAAGGGCCGAAUUAGCAGUCUAUGGAGUGACAGGAAGGAAAACGGUUCCUUUAUUUACAUGGGCGACAACCGCUACGGGGGAAAAGAUAAAGAUAGCUUGCAUGUCGAGCUGGGCGAGGCAGAUUCUCCGCGAGGCGAGCAGCUGGGGCGGGAGGAAGGGGCCCGCUCGGUCCGUUUUCGGUGCCUGAACUACCAUCCGACCAAGACCAUUAGCGAUUUGAGGCUGGAGAACGGGCACAUCCUCUCCUUUUUCCAGGCUGGACAGGAGGAUUUGAUCCAGCACGUGUACUGUUCCAUGGCACAAAACCUGCUCCGAACUGCGGCAGCCAUUUACGACUGGACCGGUCCCUCUGCCAAAGUAGAAGAGACCCCCUGCCCGAUCAACGUUACGCUACAUCAGCGGCAUGAUUACGUCCCAGGAAAUUUCCCACGCGUCUCUUCUCUUUCUACGGCCCCGUGGUUGGCACCUUGGCCGUCGGCCAUGUGCCUGCGCCCCCGGGGAUCGCGACUUAGGCCACGCUUGACCCUCGAGACCGUCGUCGAUCUUUUCGAAAAGGUAGGAAACCAACGUUUCCGCGUUCGCAACACAUUCUUUGAACAAGAGCACACAGUCGCCCGUCAGACAUUGGACUACGGAUAUGGCCGCCACCUGGGCUUUUGCUGCGACCGAUGUGGAGAGUUAGAUUUUACUGGCCCUCGUUACAAGUGCUGCGCGUGCCAAGACUUUGACCUUUGCCAUGAUUGUCAUCUGUUGCCUGUGGAAGGGCAUCGAUACCGCUUCAAGGGUCGGUCUUGGGCGCGGGAGGAUUUUUCGGGUCACACUGACGCUCACGCCAUGGUAUGCCUGCAGCCCAUUCCGUCCACAUUAGCUAUGCUCCGUCGCUUUAGCGUCAAGAAAUCUGCCGAGGUGUAAUCAAUCAAUAUGGAGCAUACGACGCUGCGUUCACCAGAGUGGGAAAUUGUAACGUGCUAGAGAACUCACGCUCUCACAUCACGAAGAUGCACCAUAUAGCCCGGCGUCAUCGAGAGUAUGGGAUACAAAGAAAAAUUGGAGAGCGAUACAUCUAUAUCAGCACAUAAAUGAACAUAACGG